ACGCCGUGUAGAAUGGAGUCAUGUUGUAUUGUAUGUCUUGCGUGGUCAUUUCAUCGUUAAUCCCCAUUAUGUUAUGCCAUGUUCUGUUACCACCUUCUUAAUUUAUGAAAUCCGUAACGUGUCCUUAAUGUUAUUGGAUUAUAUUUGUCUUUAUUAAUAACACAUUUGGUAACAGUACAAAAACAGAUAAUAAUGGCAGUAGUCCAUAGUUUAUAUAAAGAUGAACUUCAAAACAUAGCAGGGAGGGACCUUGCUAAAAAGUGUCAUUUCAAAUUUUGUCACGUUUCAUGUAUCGUUAUUAUUAUUUAAUUUAGCCUAAUUAUUUAAUUUGACACAAUCCCACUAUUUACCGUAUGAGUCACAACAUUUGGUCUUGCAUUUGAUGUGUUUUUGUGCUGCAGAUGACGUUCACAAGCUGCGUGUUUAUGUGUGUUUCAGUCCCAGGAUGAGGGUUUCCUACAUAGUCUUUUCAGCCAGAGCAGUUGUAAUACUGCCUCUAACUGGAGACAGAAACACAGAUAAUGACACAGAUAACCAGAUCACACAGAAACUGAACUCUUAUCGCUCUGUAUUUAAACUGUGCCAUGGUGGCAUGUGAUCUGGAUGCACAGGUCGAAGAUAGACAAGGGUUUGGAGAAGCUGAGCCAAAUCAAACCUGCCGGUGAAACGUUCAUGCACGAAGGCAUGAAAGCGGUGUCAGAGCAGAUGAAGAUGCAGACUUCGCCGUCGUCUACCAUCAUCAUCGCUCUGACAGAUGGGAAGCUGGAGGUUUUCCCCUACGAACUGACCCUACAGGAGGCGGACAGAGCCAGAGGGUUUGGAGCCCGAGUGUACUGUGUGGGGGUCAUGGACUUUGACCACAAACAGCUCGCUCACAUAGCAGACGGAACAGAACAGGUCUUCCCGGUGCUGUCCGGGUUUCAUGCCCUCAAAGACAUGGUGAACUCGAUCCUGAAGCAGACGUGCGCCGACAUCUUCACAAUAGAGCCGUCGAGUGUUUGUGUGAACGAGUCCUUCAGCGUGGUGCUGAGGGGCAGCGGCUUCAGCGGAUCCAAGAGGGCAGACAACGUGCUCUGCUCCCUCACUGUCAAUCAAAAGACAUACGACCAGAAACCCAAAGUAGUUAGAGACGGCUAUCUGCUGUGUCCAGCUCCUGUUCUACAUGAGGUCGGACAAUCGGUCCAAGUGCUGGUCAGCCUGAACAAUGGACAGUCCCACAUCUCCGGUCCCAUUACCAUCUACGCUACCACCUGUUCAGAUGGGACCUGGGUGCUCUGGUUGCUGUUGGUUCUGUUGCUGCUACUAGCUCUGGCUUUCUUCUGGUGGUUCUGGCCUCUCUGCUGCACUGUGGUUAUCAGAGACCCGCCCCCAUCCCGCCCACCACCCCCACCUCCCGUCAUUGAGCCAGAAGAAGAUCUUUCGGCCAAACACCUGUGGCCUACAGUGGAUGCUUCCUACUAUGGUGGCAGAGGUCCUGGAGGAAUCAAGCGCAUGGAGGUGCGCUGGGGGCAGAUGGGGUCCACAGAGGAAGGCUCCCGGCUCGAGAAAGCCAAAAAUGCUGUGAUCACAAUGCCGGAGGGUGUUGAGGAGCCCAUCUUGUCUAAGCCCCCACCACGGCCUCCUCCAGUCUACAACCCCCCACCACAGCCCAAAUGGUACACUCCCAUCAAGGGGCGCUUUGAUGCACUGAGGGCAUUGAUGAGGAGGCAGUAUGACCGAGUGGCAAUCAUGAGGCCAACGCCGCAGGACAAGGGACGCUGUAUUAACUUCACCAGAGUUCAGAGUCACUGAUGUUGGACCAUGAGGAUCGACACUUUUCACUUUAUUGCAGUUUUUAGCCUAAGAUUAGUGAUCUGUACACUCAAGAGACGAUUGUUCUUAUCCAACACGUAUUGUAAAUAAACUUCUUCUUUACUUUA